AUGCUUCUCUCUGUUCCACUACUGACGCCGACACUUUUAAUCAACAUGACCACCGUCGAUGCUGACCUACGUACAUCCUUUGAGCUCCAUCGAUCUCGUGUUCUACAACUUAAACGCAAUUGUAUCGUCAAACUAUUUAAGCGAGUUGAGGUCUCACUCGACAGCACGGAUCGAGAAGAACUCGAGGAUGUCUGGUACGAAGAAUGGCCGGAUAGUUUAGCUGGUGGUAUGCCUUUGUCAGUCACCAGUGGUCAGGACUUCUACUCGUUGAUCGAUGACGGUACAAAGGCACCCAGGUCUGCAGAAGAACGACUGCAAGCCUUUACCCAGAUCGAAGUAUGGCUACAGAAACGUGCCGCGCAACAUUCGGAGCCAGGACCUUUGACUCUCCCUGAUGAUUUCAAGCAACUCUGUGCUUUAACAGACUUGCUCGAAGGACCAGGACUUCCCUUGACACGUUCCGACAUACCUCAGGCAUUUGAGUAA